GGGGAGGGCUGACACAGAGAAACAUAUUUUCCCUUUGCCUUUUCGUUUUUCCUUAUUCAGUCUUGCUCUGAUCAGUGGGGAGAAGAAAAAGGGGGGUAGAGAGAAGGCGGAGUUUUUUUUGAUGGAGCUAAAUAAGAGUCAAGAGAGCAGAGCAGAGCAGACCAACACUAAGUCUGUGGAAAUAUGAUGGAAGCUAGCAUCGUUUCCAAGGACACAGGCCACAAGACCACUCUGGCAGGAGAACUUGACCCUCCAGCCGUCCCCUCUAUUGACUCCAUUCCUCCAUCCCCUAUCCUCUGUCCACCCUCCUUGCCCUCAUCCCUCCCUCCAGCCCGGCCAUGUCGACCCAAACCACCAACCUCUAUGGUGAAACCCUCCCACCUCCCUUCUUGUCCUCCUUUCCCUCCUGUCUCCAAACCUCCCCUGUCUCUCUCCACCGAUCCCCCUUCGGUGCCUCUCUCUUUCUCCUCCAACCCUCCUCCCCCAUCUCUUCCCCCACCACUCUCCCCUACUCUAGUCUCUCCUUCUCCCCAGCCCUCUCUGCAGUUAAAUGUCUCCUCUGAUCUUACUCCCUCCUUUACUUCACAUUCUCUUCCUCCUCCAUUAUCUCCAAGAUUGUCCCCCCUACUUGUCAUGUCACCAUCCUCACCUCCAUUGCUGAAUUCUAUUGACCGGCUGGUCGGGAGCGCCUCAGUAUGGCUGCCCAAAGGACUCAGCCAGGACCAAAUCACAAGUAUAAUGGAGAAAGAGACAGUUGGGGCAUUCCUUGUUCACAACAAAGAGGACAAGGGCAUUACACUGUCAGUCCGCCUGCCAGAUGAACAGGGGGCACCGCUUGUAAGCAACCUGAUGGUCAAACAACACAAUACAUUUCUUCACUUAGAUGGUUCCUGUCUGGUUUUUGAUGACAUCUUCAAACUGAUCUCCUUCUACUGUGCCAGCAGGGACAACCUGGCCAUUCCACUGAGGUUACCCAAGGCAAUUACCACAGCUACUAAGAGAGAGGAACUGGAGGUCAUCUCUGCUAUGGGUGCAGAUUUCUGGACAUCAGAUCUGAACCAGCAAGAAAAGAAUCAGAACCUGGUUUUGGAUCAGAACCAUAGCAGAUUCUACUUGCAUGUGAACCCAGUGAUUGUGGAUGAGAGCUCCAACAAAGACCUGAGCCACUCUCUUAUCUCUAAACCUGACACAAUAACCAAUCAAAACAUCACCCCCUUCCAGCAGAACGGAGACACUCCACAGGAAGUCAGCCCAGAAGUCAAAGGUCUGACUAAUACCACAUCCAACCAGGAAAUUAAGUACAAGCGCCCCCCACCCCGACCCCCCAGCAUGGGGCCAUUGUGUGGUAUGGGUCUUCUAUUCUCAUCUCCACUCUCGCCUCACUCUUUAUCUUCUGUAACUACAGCAGCCAAGAGAAAAGAGGAAACAAGGGGAGGAGUAGGAGAGAGAGAAGAGAGGAAGUCAAUGACAACAUCACCUCCUCCGUCAAGGCCUCCUGUCCCCCUGCAGAGCAGAGCCACUCCCUCUUUGCCUCCUGCUCCUCUCCGUGGCACCUCCUCCAGAAAAAGCACCAACCAAGAUGUAGGAGAGGGAAGGGAGAGAGAGAAGGAACAAAAUCCUGCAAAGAAAACUGAGCAAGAGGGGGGAGGAGAGACAGGAGAAGAGAACACAGUAAGUAAAACGGGUCUGCUGAGUGAGGGGGGUGAGAAGAACAGUAAUCAACAUCAAGAGGAGGUGAACAAGGACAGCAAAAAGACAGAGAAAGAGGAUGAAAAUCAGGAAAAAGAGAUGAAAAUGGAUAAAGGGGAUGACAAACAGAAGUCCAGCUCCCAGUGUCCAACAUUGGUGAAGAAACCGUCCCGUCCAAUUCCUCCCCCAAGGAGGAAACCAUAUUCUACAGACACACCUGUGUGCCUCAACCAGGCUGGAGGAGAAAUAGCCAAUCAGUGCGCUGGGAUGAGAGUACCACCUCCCCACCCAAUGCAGCGGCCAGAUGUGUCACUGUACUCACCACAGGGGGGCACUGUGAUUGGAACUGACCCCGACUCCUGCUCCACCAGCAGCACAGAGGAAGAAGGAGAGCUGAACCAAGACCGGGGGCAAAACCAAAAUCACCCUGAAGAGAGCUGCAGCCCCAAGGCAGCAGUAAGAAAAACCACCACCACUGUCAUGUUGGACAGAGCCCGUUAUCGCCUGUCCACGGUCCUCACCGGUCUCAUCAGCCAUGACCGCCGCCUGACACAGCGUAUCGUAGAGCUGGCCAGGGACCCUCUGAGCUACUUUGGUAACCUGGUGAAAGAGCACCGUGCAUUCACCUUGGAGACAAUGUCAAACCACUCAUCCUCCACUGAGCUGUUACAGGAGAUCAGACAGAUGGUGACUCAGCUGAAGAGUUACCUGCUGCAGAGUACAGAGCUGCAAGCCAUGCUGGAGCCUCAACAUCAGUAUGCACAAGACAAGCUGGAGAGCAUAGUAGAAGCUGCUCUGUGUAAGAGUGUUCUGAAGCCACUUAGAGAGCCAAUAUACCAGAGUCUGGAGAAACUGCGAACCAGUGACAACAGCCUGAAACAACUGACACAAAACCAGUCUAUUGUCUUAGGCAGCACCACCACAGCAUUAGGAAUAACCACUGCUGUCCCUGAGGCCUCUGCUAUGGAGAAGAUCAGCAUCAAACUGAAUAACCUCCAUCUGGAAUAUUCUCCCCAGAAAAAGAUUGAGAUGCUACUGAAGGCCUGCAAGGUUAUCUAUGACUCAAUGUCUGUCAGCAGUCCAGGGCGGGCCCAUGGUGCUGAUGACUUCCUGCCUGUAAUGAUGUACGUUCUGGCUAGAUCCAAUUUGUCCAACCUGCAGCUGGAUGUUGAGUACAUGAUGGAGUUGAUGGACCCCUCAUUAGCACUAGGAGAAGGUUCCUACUAUCUGACCACCACUUACGGAGCUCUGGAGCACAUUAAGACUUUUGACCAGCAGAGGUCAGCAACACGGCAGCUUAGCAGAGAGGUUCAGGACUCCAUUCACCGCUGGGAGAGACGACGCACGCUCAAUCAGGAGCGUAUGGCCCAAGGAUCCGUGCGGGACUUUCUAACAGUGUGUUGUCCUGAGAUUGGAACCAAUCCAAAAACUCUGGGAGUCCUCCCCACCACAACAAUCCAGCAGCUUACUGAACAGUGUGCUACACGUUUUGAACAAGAUUGCUACACACUUAGUGUGUAUAUGGAUGGCGUUCAUCAGAACUUGUCCUCUACAGAGCUGGCUGUCACUGUGAAGAACAGCUGUAAACCUGGAGCCUACUGUUUCGUCUAUCACCCUACCAACCAACCCAAUAACCGACCCAUCCGUAGCUGCCCCACUGGCCCGCCCCCACCUCCACCUGCAGAACCCCUUUCUCUAGUUGACGUAGCGACUGUCAAUACAGUGGAGCCAGAGGCAGGGGAGGACAGUCUGAUUAGCUUGUAACUGCUCCAGCAUCAGAGUGGCAGCAGCUGUGUCUCUUUAUAUCACUGUCGCAACUGCAUCAACCUAGAUCUCCUUUAAAAGAAGAGAACAAAAUUUGGGAGUGUUAAAAAAAAAGUGUUAAAUUCUCAGGUCUCAUUUGAAUUACUGAUCUUAUUGAAAGUGAUUUAGAUUUGUAGAUGCACGAUGCCACAAUUGUUUUAAUGAAACAUGCAAUAUGACUCCUUUUGAGUUUGAGUCUCAGUCUGAGACAGGCCUGAUGCCACCAAAUGCCGCAGUGAUUAAAAUGGGACAACAAAGACAUAAACGACUAACUGGGGUCUGGAACUCCAGAUAUUGCAGGAGGAUGUGGUUUUAUAGAAUGUAAAAUACAUGUACAGUGCCUAUAAACAGUAUUCAAUCCCCUUGGAUGUUUUUAUCUCUUUUAUUGCUUUUAUAUACUGAACCAUGGUCAAUAUAAUUUGGCUUUUUUGACAAGACAUGAAGCUUCUAACUCCUUCAGAGUAGUCAUACGUGUCUUGGUGGCCUCCCACACUGCCCUUUUUUUUGCACGGUCAGUUUGUGAAGACGGUCUUUUCUAGGCAGAUUUAUCGCCAUAUUCCUUCUAUUUCUUAAUGAUAGAUUUAACUGAACUAAGAAUGGUUUUGUAUCCAUCCCGUGACUUAUAUUUUUCAAUAACUGUUUCACAGAGUUGCUUGGUGUGUUCUUUUGUCGUCAUGGAGUUAUUGUAGCCAGGAAUCCUGGCCUUCAAGGCACAGCUUUUUUUAUACUACAGUCACUUAAAUCACUUGUAAAUUCUUGUCAAUAGAGCCAAAUUACAUUGACCAUGAUUCCAUUUAUAAAGGUAAUAAAGAGUAAACCAUCCAAGGGAGUGAAUACAUUUUAUAGGAACUAUAAGUCUGAUGUAUGAUCAUUUUAAUGUUUUUUAUACUCCAUGAUACUCAGUGUGUCUAUAAAUUACCGAUUCGGGGAAUAUAUUAACAGGGUCUGUAAUUUCUACAUAUAUCGACAGCAUGUAGAUCAAUUUUACUGUGUGAACAAAUCACUGCUAAUACAUUUGUUUAAAUAGAUAGGAAAUCCUUUCCAUGGGUGCAAUAGAAGCUACAUUUAUGGGCUAACACUUUCAUUUACAUUCCGAAAUCCCCAGUAAGCAGCAAUAGGUUCCAUUUUACGUGUGUCUUUUAAGUACUGAUACUGACUGUAUUGUAAAUAAACUGGCAUUCAUAAUUUGCCAAUGCUGUCUGUUGGUCAAGUUGACAUUGCAAAACUAAGAGUUGCACUUCUACUACGACAACAUAAACAUAACGCAAUAAAAGGUUAUGAUAUUGCCA